AUGCUGAGCAGCUGUUUUGGUCGGCUGGCGGCCGUAUUCGUCAGGUUGGUCCCAGUGGAAAGUAGCGCUGCGCUGGGGUCUCUUCGCUUCGCCCAAGCCACUUUACGCGGUCGGUCGCGUGCGCAGCAACAGGGAAACGGCCCAAUGAGUGGAAGCGCCGAUAAGAAGGACGGCGGCGGGAGGAGAGGAGACGAUGGAGAGGAGAGCAGAGGAGGGGGUGGAGGCCAAGGCGGAGGGAGAGAAUCGUAUGGCUACCUGGUAACCAGGUGGUGA